AUGAGAAUCCGAUUGCUGACCACAACACCUCCUGGUAAUCCUUCUUUCCUUUCUCUCCUCAGAAUUUUAACAACCCAAUUCUGUUCUUGCGCUUCUAUGAAUAUUAUCGGUGAAAAUUCUGUUGCCCAUUUGGAGAAAUUGAUCCAAACAAAAUGUAAAUCCAGAAACCUAACAAUAGAAGAAGCUUUGGGUUACUUCGAUUCCAUGGUUCAAAUGCGACCCAUGCCCUCUAUUUGGACUUUCAAUCAAUUGCUUGGCUCACUCUCCAACAUGAAACAUUAUUCCAUUGUUGUCUCUAUGUAUAGAGAGAUAAUGGGUUGUGAUUAUUUUAGUCCUGAAGUCGGCACGUUGAAUAUUGUCAUCAAAUGUCUGUGUCGCAUGAAGAAGGUUAAACUUGGUUUCUCUGUUUUAGCAACUAUGCUUAAAAGUGGUCUUCAGUACAAUGCUCAUACAAUGAAUGCUCUGCUCCACGGGCUUUGCCACGAGGGCUCAAUGGUCGCAGCGAUGUUGUUUUUUGGUGAAAUAGUUGAGGAGGAAAACUUGCGUAAUGAAUUUACUUACACUACCGUCAUUAAUGGGUUUUGUAAGGCUGGAGAAACUUCGAAGGCGCUUGAGCUACUUAAGCAAAUGCAAGAAGAUCGGAGGAUUAGACCCGUUGUAGACUGUUUCAUACCAAUCAUUGACAGCCUUUGUAAAGAAAGGCGAGUGGAUGAGGCCCUCGGCAUGUUUGAAGAUAUGAUCAACCAUGGUGUUUGGCCAAAUGUUGUUUGUUAUACUUGUUUAAUUCACGGAUUAAGCAAAUUGGGUCAUUGGAAAGAAGUCGAGAGAUUUUUAAUCAAGAUGAUUGAUUGCCGAAUCUCACCUGAUGCGUUUAUCUAUACCUUAUUAAUUGACUCUCUUUUCAAGGAAGAAAAAGCUCAAGAAGCAGUUAGAUUGUUCGAGUUGAUGACUAGUAAAGGUGUAGAGCCUAAUGUUGUGACAUUCACUUCUUUGAUUUCUAAUUUGUGCAAGUGUGGUCAAUGGAAAGAAGUGACACGAUUCUUAGAAAGCAUGGCGGGUUACGGAAUCUCUCCUGAUUUGUCACAUUGA